CAUGCAAAAAAGAUUAUCAGUCUCUGUUAGAUCCACAUAAAGUGCGACGGUUUCUCCAUUUAUUUGUCUUUGUCCUUUCGUAAUCAGAAACCAAAAGACUUGAAGUUUUCAAGAAGUUUUCUGUCAAACGUGGAAAGUUUUCAUACACCACAAAAUCCAAUCAACCUGCUGGAUAAAGUUUCUUCUUACAUAUAAUAAUAUAAUAAUAAUAAUAGCAAUGGAAUCUAGCAAGGUCUGCCUUAUCUUGGUCAUCGGGAGCUUAUUCGGGCUGAUCUCGGAUGUUGACUGCGAGGCUUACGAAGAAUCAAGGAGCACCCGAAGUGCUAAAAAAGAUGACAAUGAGGGAUAUGGGUCUGGUUCCGCCAAUUACAAUUUCCAGUACGCCGUGGCCGACGGAGGAAACGACUUUGGUCACGAAGAAGAAAGGAACGGACUUACCACCAAAGGUCAAUAUCGCGUUCUUCUUCCCGACGGGCGAAUGCAGGUCGUGACCUAUUCUGCCAACGAGGAAGGUUACCGUGCUGUGGUAUCAUACGAAGGUGGAGGUUCUGAGGGUGGUGCUGGAACUGGUGGUUAUUCUUCGCCAAAUCCUGUACCUUCAAUUCCAUACGGUCCUCCGGAAAAAUUAUCCGACGCUGCUUCGUCCGCCACAACUUCUAGUCAAGCGUAUAGUGCUCCAACUACGACGUCCUCGUCCACUUCGAAUUCUGGAUCACCACGUUCAUCGUUUGGGCGUAGGAAUUCCGCCUCCUUUGUCAAACUCAGGCGGAAUAUCAAGGGUCAACCUCAUAACUAUAAUUACACAUUCUAAUAAUAUCCCCCAUAUUAUCUCUAAUUAGAGUGUAUGCAAGUAUUACACAAUCCGUCAAAUUUAUCCCGUUAUCGUUCCAUCAAAGUAGCUUAAAGUAGUAUCAAGAAAUAUCUGAACCAUCAAAGCAAUAAAAAAAUCAGCCUAA